AUGGCUCCUGUCGCUAACGGAAACACCGCCGCCAACGGCCAUGCCGUCCACGCUAACGGUGCCAAUGUGCCCAUCAACCCCACCAACGCUCGUCACGAACAGCGCGAGUUCAUCCGCGUCAACUCGGACAAGGUCAACUACUCCACCGAGACCAUCGUUGCCGACUACGAGUACCUCAACACCCACGUGGAAAAGGUUCACCACGACGAUGGCACCACUGAAUACGUUGCUACCCCCUUCCAGCGCCAGUUCCAGUUCAAGACCGAGCGCAAGGUUCCCCGCACCGGUCUCAUGAUGGUUGGCUGGGGUGGUAACAACGGCACCACCAUCACCGCCACUAUCCUCGCCAACAAGCACAACAUCACUUGGCACAACAAGGAUGGUCUCCAGGUGCCCAACUACUACGGCUCGCUCGUCCGCGCCUCCACUAUCCGCCUCGGCACCGACCCUGCCACGGGCAAGGAUGUCUGGGUCCCCUUCUCCAACGUCCUCCCCAUGGUCCACCCCAACGACCUCGUCCUCGGUGGUUGGGACAUUUCGGGUCUCCCCAUGGACCAGGCCAUGACCCGCGCAAAGGUGCUCGACUACGACCUCCAGCGACAGGUCGCCCCUUACAUGGCCGAGAUGAAGCCGCUCGCUUCCGUCUACUAUCCGGACUUUAUUGCUCAGAACCAGGAGCAACGUGCCGAUAACGUUCUCCCCGGCCAGUCCAAGGCGGCUCACGUCGACCAGAUCCGCGCCGACAUUCGCGAGUUUAAGCGCCAGAACAACCUCGAUCAGGUCAUCGUUGUCUGGACCGCCAACACGGAGCGCUACUCGGAGAUCCUCCCCGGCGUCAAUGACACGGCCGACAACCUCCUCAAGGCGGUCGAGCAGAACCACGACGAGGUAUCGCCCUCCACCAUCUUUGCCAUUGCCUGUAUCCUCGAGAAUGCUCCUUACGUCAACGGUGCUCCCCAGAACACCUUUGUCCCCGGAUGCAUCCAGCUCGCCGAGAAGCACAAGGCUUUCAUCGGUGGUGACGACCUCAAGACCGGUCAGACCAAGGUCAAGUCGGUCCUUGCCGAGUUCCUUGUCAACGCCGGUAUCAAGCCGCUCUCGAUCGCCUCGUACAACCACCUGGGUAACAACGACGGCUACAACCUCAGCUCGCAGCGUCAGUUCAAGUCCAAGGAGAUCUCCAAGUCUUCGGUCGUCGACGACUGCUGUGCUGCCAACCACUUGCUCUACAAGCCUGCCGUUCCCGGCAAGACCAACGCCGACGGCAAGGCUGACAAGGGCGAGCACCCGGACCACUGCAUCGUCAUCAAGUACCAGCCCGCCGUCGGUGACCAGAAAGUUGCCAUGGACGAUUACACCUCGGAGCUCUGCAUGGGUGGCCGCAACAGGCUGUACGUCACCAACCUCUGCGAGGACUCGCUGCUUGCCUCGCCUCUUCUGCUUGACCUGACCAUUCUGGCCGAGCUCAUGACGCGCAUCACCUACAAGGCCGGCACCGCGGACAAGGAGUGGAACUCGAUGUACUCGGUCCUCUCGCUCCUCUCGUACUCGCUCAAGGCUCCGCUCGUCAAGCCAGGCACGGAUGUUGUCAACUCGCUCAACAGGCAGCGUGCCGCUUGCACCAACUUUAUGCGUGCUUGCCUCGGUCUCGCUCCUGAAUCCGAUCUCCUACUCGAGACCAGGGUCUGGUAA